GGAAUCUUCCACUUCGUAGCAUGGAAGAUUUCCAAGAUUUUCUUCAGAACCUGGACUUCAAGUUCUUUGAACAUGGUGUUACAGGUUAUAGGACCCCACUGGGGGGGCAUGUGUACACAGCCUCGGAUGACCCUCCUGAGGUUACAAUGGAACCUCAUAAUGAGUGUUCAUAUUCACCAUUUUUUCCAAAGAAGGUUUGUUUAAAUAGUCACUUUUUGUGUGGUAGCAGUAAUAUAGUAUUUAUGUGUGAUACAUGUGCACAUUAUGUGUUAAUUAAAGUUGGUCAGUGUUAUGUGUUCUUAAGCAAGACACUUCAUUUUCACAGAGCCCCUCUCCACCCAAGGGAAUCAGUGGAUAGUAGCAAACUGUUUAGGCAAUCUGAAAAAAAAAUCUGGGGGUAACUUAGUGGCACACUACUUUUUUGUCCAGAAAAGGGUUAACACUCCUAAUAACUUCAAGCUACUGAAAUGGUACAAAGAUGAACUUAAGUUUAAAGACUUUCCUUUUUUUACAGUUAGUUAUGUUCUGUUUAAAAGAACCUGACCCAUCUUGUGGUGGUGAAACUGUUCUCCUGAAAAGUCAAGAUUUGACUGCCCUCUUGGAUCCUGAAGUGAUUCAGAAGUUUGAGGCAAAGAAGAUUCGCUAUCAAGCAUUUCUACCAAAUAAGAACACAGGAGCUGGACUUCAGAAGAGCUGGCAAGACAGAUUCUGGAUGGAUGAUCCCAAGGUUUGCUAAAAAUUCUUUUUUCAGAUGUUUAUCCAAGGUGCUUGGUUUUGUUGAAUUUGUAAUUUGGUUUUGAAGCAGCACUUCUGGUCCAAUAAUGCAGGUAGAUACAACUGGCGUAAUGAAAUUUUGGUUUACAGUAAACUUCUAGGAUUACCUUUACCUGUAUAAUAAGACUACACCAGGAAAUUGUUUCUCCUGAAGUAAGAAAAUACUUAAAGAAAUAUUUUGAAUCUUUGUCACAAGAAGGGGACUCAGGGAAGCCUGAUAAUUUAACACCAGUUGGUUGGUUGGGUGCUUUAUGAGCUGGGAUACAGAAAACUCCUUGGCAGGCUACACAAUAUAGGUUAAAGCAUCAUCUGUUUUUGUUUGUUUCUUUGUUUUUUAAUGUUAAUAGAGACUGAUCAAUUGAAAAAGUAGGUCUUUUGGUAUCGUUUCUACAAUGUAGAUGCAUGUAAUGGAGUGUCAUCAAUUUAAUCCUUUCAAUGACUUGUUUGUAUCAAAUAGGAAGUGGAAACAAUUCUUGAAUCAAAUGGAUGGAGCUUCUCUUGGGACAAGGGAAAAAAUCUUCGAUUCUGGUACCUUAACUCACCUGUUAUUGAACACCCCGUGACUGGGGAGAAGAUAUGGUUUAAUCAGAUAACAAGCUACAAUGCAAGCUACUUCAGAGCUCUUCCUCUGUAUGAAAAUACUGGUGAUAGUAUUGAAGAUGAUCAAUUUCCUUUUCACUGCUACUAUGGUGAUGGAUCUCACAUUGAGCCUGAGGUCCUUCAGCAUAUUCGUGAAGUGAUGUGGUCCUGUGCAGUGGGAUUUCGGUGGCGAACAUUUGACGUUGCUGUACUGGAUAAUCAACAGGUUUUACAUGGAAGGAUGGGAUGGACUGGAGACAGGAAACUUGUGACUUCACUAAUAGAUGAAUAAAGCUGCGAAUCCUUUUUAAGGCCAGGAUACACUUUGGUAUUCAUAGGUGUGAAGGUGCAUGGACAGAUCGUAACAAAAAUUGGCUUUGGGCGACAUGAAGAAUUUUUGUGAAAAUAUUUGUCUCUGUAACAAAAAUUUUAAUGUGAGAGGGUUUUAUGUCUAUAUUUUACAAUAUGUUUCCUACAUCAAUUUCAAUGUAUUUGAUUGUUUUUUUUAAAUAUUUGAUUAUUUUAUUUUCAAAACAGCAAAACAUGUCAAUAUUUUUGAUGUAUCAAUUUAUUUUAUUUAGUGAAGAACACAAGUUUCAACUCCACAUGUAUACAAUAAUGAUCUCU